CAGGCGGGUUCGUAGGCCGAUCGUCACCCCCAAAAGUCCUCCUGAGUCUCCGGGGUUCGCUUUUAUAUCCCCGGAGUCGUGCCCCCUCCCCUUCAGCGCGGAGCUCCAGGCGGGGGCACCCCGUACUGGACGUCCCCAAACCUCCGAGCACCUGGCUCAACCGGAGUCCCCCCUGUCGGGGCAGGGCAGGGCCGCCGGCGGCGAGCCGGAGCCAGCCCAGCGCCCCAGCCCCGCCGAGCCCUCGGAUCCCACCCAUGGGUCAUCAUCCCCUGAUCCGCGGGCCUCCUCGCCCUGUCGCGCUCAGCCCAGCUCCGGGCGCCGCGCGCAGGAGGAUCCGUACGCAGUGACCCUGGAGCCCCCGCAGACGCCAGGAGACUCGGCGGCCGGAGCGGCAGGCGGCUCCCCGCACCUCCAGGAGCUUUCAGGGAGCCCUCCAAGCCGUGCUCGGGGUCCGUCCCGCUGUUCUCAGCCCAGAGCCAUGAUGAAGACCUUGUCCAGUGGCAACUGCACACUCAGUGUGCCUGCUAAGAACUCCUACCGCAUGGUGGUUCUGGGUGCCUCCCGAGUGGGCAAGAGCUCCAUUGUCUCCCGCUUCCUCAAUGGCCGCUUUGAGGACCAGUACACGCCCACUAUCGAGGACUUUCAUCGCAAGGUGUACAACAUCCACGGGGACAUGUACCAGCUGGACAUCCUGGACACCUCUGGCAACCACCCAUUCCCUGCCAUGCGCCGGCUCUCCAUCCUCACAGGAGAUGUCUUCAUCCUGGUGUUCAGCCUGGACAGCCGGGAGUCCUUUGAUGAGGUCAAGCGCCUCCAGAAGCAGAUCCUGGAGGUCAAGUCCUGCCUGAAGAAUAAAACCAAGGAGGCAGCAGAGCUGCCCAUGGUGAUCUGUGGGAACAAAAAUGACCACAGUGAGCUGUGCCGCCAGGUCCCUGCCAUGGAGGCUGAGCUGCUGGUGUCUGGUGAUGAAAACUGCGCCUACUUCGAGGUGUCAGCCAAGAAGAACACUAAUGUGAACGAGAUGUUCUAUGUGCUGUUCAGCAUGGCCAAGCUGCCCCACGAGAUGAGCCCUGCACUGCACCAUAAGAUCUCGGUGCAGUAUGGCGAUGCCUUCCACCCCCGGCCCUUCUGCAUGCGCCGCACUAAGGUCGCAGGUGCCUACGGCAUGGUCUCACCUUUUGCCCGACGCCCCAGUGUCAACAGUGACCUCAAGUACAUCAAGGCCAAGGUCCUACGGGAGGGCCAGGCCCGAGAGAGGGACAAGUGUAGCAUCCAAUGAGAGGCAGGGACAUCGGGGAGGGGGCUUGGGCAGUGCCUUAAGGGAGGUGGCUGAGGAUUCCCACUGCACACAUACCAAUACCACAGAGGGCCCUAGGUGUGUUCCCUGUGCCCAUUCUCUUGAUUCCUGGCCACCACCUGUGAGCUAUGAGUUUGGUUCAUUUGUGUGAGGACAGAGACAUGUCUAGGGACAUGUCAGCACGCAUGCCGAGACAAGCUUUCAGUGUCUUCAGAGUGGGAGGGAUGCAGAAAGGCCAGGAGUCCUGCAUCAAAGCAAGACGGUCAGUACAAGUCCCAGGAUGAGGACAGCUUAGCCAGAUGCCCCAGCCAGAUUCCCUGGUGGCCUCUGCUCCCUCUGUUCAGACCAGCUUGGUCUCUAUGCCCCUGGAGAAACCACCCUCCUUGGUCUUCAGUUGUUGCUGUCUGGCCCAGCUGUGUACACCCCCCCCCCCAAUUUAGCCCCUGGGGC